AUGUUCAAGCCAACGCAGAGGCUGCUCGGCGGUCUGCUCUGGAAACGACCCUGGCGGAUAUCACCUCCCCAAAAAGCACGACAGCGGAAACGGUUACGCCUCGUCGACAAAGUGGUUGACACGAUCAGUGCCGCGCUACAGAAGAAUGGCGGAAUGACGAGCAAAGCUGUGCAGAGGUGGUACGAAGAAAUGCCACGAGAGGAGGAGAUGCUUCCUAGGGACAAAUACACAAUCUUCGAUCGCAAGGAGCGCAACUACAGAAAGGGCAUACACAAGUUGCCCAAGUGGACGAGAGUCAGCCAGCGUGUAAAUCCUCCAGGUUUCUAG